AUGCUUUUUCCCGCUCUUUUCCCAGACUUUCCGCAUCAUUUUUCUAUGCUUUAUUCCACAUUUUCUCACCCUUUUCCCAUGAUUUUUACCAUCUUUUUUCAAUUAUUUUUCCCACUGUUUCCCUGUCCUUUUCCAAUGCUUUUUCUCUCACUUUUCUCAUGCUUUUUCCCGUUCUUUGCACAUAUUUUCCUCGCUUUUCGUGUUCUUUUCCUUUACCUUUUCCCAAUUAUUUCCCACCAUUUUCCCACGCUUUUUCCCGCCUUUUUCUUAGGCUUUUCGUGUUCUUUUCCUUUACCUUUUCCCAAUCUUUUCCCACCAUUUUCCCAUGCUUUUUUCCCACACUUUUCUUAUGUUUUCUCACACUUUUCACACGCUUUUCCCGCAAUUUUCCCGUCCUUUUCCCAUGCUUGUUUUUUCCCGUCUUUUUACCAUGCUCUCCACCGUGAACUCCGGUUGCGUUCUUCCUUUACAAUCUCUGAUGUCAUCACAACUGUAUCGCUUUGGUCCUACACUCGGACUCAUGCCAUUGAUGCGUCCUUCCAGGAUGUGGGUGCAGAGGUUUUGGGCUCUGAUGACAUGGCCAAUGCAUUGCCGUUUUCCCUCCCUUAUGUUUGCGACCAACUAUUCUCAGCUCUUCCAAAACAUCUUCAUCUUCAUUUUUUUUUUGGCUUUUUCUUAAACGCUAUAUUUUCAUUUUUCUCCAUUUGUUUUACCUCUAUCUUGCCUUAUUUUUUCCCUUCCAUUCUUUCUGUCUCUUUCUCUUUCUGUCUUUCUUUCUUUCUUUCUAUCUUUCUUUCUUUCUUUCUUUCUUUCUUUCUUUCUUUCUUUCUUUGUAUUGUUACAUACAUUUUUUACCUCUUUCUUGCUUUAUUUUCCCUUUCUUUCUUUCUUUCUUUCUUAAUUUGGAUUGUGACCUUUAUAAUUUACCACUUCCUUUUUUUCUUUCUUAAUUUUCAUUGUUGCAUUAUUCUUUCUUUCAUUCUUCAUUUGCCUUCUAUUUUUUUACCCCCUUCUUCAUUUUUUCUCUCUCCAUCUUCUCUUUUGUUAAUUUCAUACUUCUAUUCUUCUUCUAUUUCUUCUUCUUUUUCUUCUUCUAUUUCUUCUUCUAUUUCUUCUCCUUUUUCAUCUCCGUCUCAUUCUUUUUCUUCUCUAAGUUUUUUUCUCUUCUAUCUUUCAUUAAUUUCUUUUGCUUCUGCUGAAUGCUUUUCCAAACAUUUACUACUUCCUUCAUUGUUUUGUUUUUCUUUCUUUCUUUCCUUUUUUCAUCCAUUCUUUCUUUCUUACUUUCUUCCGGUUUAUCUAUCUUUCUUUUUUUUUCUUUCCUUCUUUCUCUAUUCUAUUUUCGCUUUUUUACUGUUUACAUCUUUUUUCUUGAAUUUCGCUUCCAUUUCCUGUUCAUUGUAA